UUAAGCCCUAAACGCUUAAAACGUACCACCAUUAUUCGCAGUUUCCAUGGUUGUCUUCUCUUCCCAGAAAAAGAAGCAAUAAUCGAAAUUCAACAUCAUUAGAUGGCGUUGCGAGGUGUUUGGCAACUUCAAAAGCUGAUUGUAAGCUAUUGUGAUUGGGGAGGGAGUAGUAGGGGCAUCAGGGCAUUUAUGGAGUCACAGUUACCAACAUUUAAAGAGAAAAGCCCUCAGCUGGAGGUGGUUACUGAACUCAUUCGUGGACAGCAUCCACAUCUGAAGGGCUUUUACAAGAACAAAAAUGAGCGAGUGAUAUGUGUAAAGAAUAUGACUCCAGAAGACAUCCUUCUGCAUGCAACUAGGCUGAGGAACGCUUUGGGAAGAAAGGUGGUGAAAUUGAAGACGAGGCAUGUAACCAAACACCCUAGUGUGCAAGGUACAUGGACAACUGAUGUGAAAUUUUGAGACACAAUAGUACUAGUUCAAACUUUUUCAGCAUGAUUGUUUGUCGUUCUAUUUAGUCAUGAUGGCAACUUGCUGAAACAUUCCCUUUUUGGGGGUAAAUGAAACUGCUCAGCUUUGCACCACCCUAAUGAAAUGAAAACUGUCUCUGCAUGUGUGAUGGGUUUGAAAGCGUAGUAAUAGAUUUUUGA